ACGUUAUUGCGUCACCAUAAACAGGAAAUGAGCUGCAACACAUUGGCAAACAGCAAGCCCAUGCAGCAAACACAGCGUUUAUGUCACUAAAAGAGUAAUGUCGCUUUACACGUUAAUGAGACCCGUCGCUUUGUGACGCGUCGAAUCGGUUCUCUUUCAUUUACCGAGAAGCUAAUCAGCGGCUACAUACCAGCUAGCCUCAAUGCUACACGCUCAUCUGUGACGUGUGUAACCUUCGCACCUUUACCUCCUCUGUCGGCUUGCUACGUGAUGGAAGUUAAGUUGGCUGCCGGUACCGAACCGCAGUUAUUUAGUGUUUUACCACUUUAUUUGAUAUGAUGCAUCGUUUAAACCGGUGAUGAUCGUGAUCUCCAGCUACUGUAGUCAAGAUCCAGCUCGUGGCUCCAGUGCUUUGUAAAACCGUCACAUUAGAGUAUAAGACCUCGUGAAGGGACCCUGGCAGCUGUUUGCUGCGGUGCAGCUCAUCUGGACAGCUGUGGAUGCAAAGAUGCUUCUCCGGAUGUUGUGGUCCAGAUUGGGAGCCCAGCGGCCGGUAGAGUGGAAACCAGUCUGCGUCUACCUCUCCCAGUCCCUCAAACCACGCGCGUAUGGAUCCAAGUCCAGGACUCACUCAAACCUGUCUGCACUGAGGAUCCUCUCCAGGAACUAUCAUAUGAACAGUCUUCACCCGCAGCUGAAGCACACAACACUUGUUCCGCCCGCUUCAGCUGGAUCUGAAAGCAAUAGCAGCACUUUGACGAGUGACCCUGGGACGCUGACCCCAUGUGGAAUUGGACCGAAACGUUUUUAUUCCACCGACCUUGGGAAGUCAGCGUUGAAACCAAGUUUGAAACCAGCACCGGUGCCCGGGAAGAGGGUUCCCAAAGGACCAAGAACUAAACAACCUUCCAGGGCCAAUCAGCCUUCCCUGAACGUGGACAAGGAUAUGAUGCAAUGUAUCGCCUUCGCAACAGCCGAUCAGUACCAUUUGCCAACACUUUGCCACGACUUGAUAAACCACGGCUUCCAUGAGGUGGAUUUACCGAGAGAUGCCUCAAAUGUGCUGGUGAUAAGCACGGACAUGGCUGCAAAACCCGAUGACGAUGCUGUAAUAUUCUUCUUCAGGGAAGGCUCAGUCGUUUUCUGGAAUGUUGAGGAGAAAAUGGUCAAACGUGUGUUGAGAAUACUGGAACAUCAUGAGAUCCAACCCUAUGAAGUAGCAUUAGUCCACUGGGAAAAUGAGGAAAUUAACUACACUGUUGGCGAGGGAAACACGAAGCUUGAGCGCGGCAACUUUAUCUUGAGUGACAACAUGGAUCAACAUGAAGCAGUUCUGGAGAAAUUUGCAUUUUCAAAUGCGCUGUGUUUGUCAGUGAAGCUGGCGAUAUGGGAGGUGUUUUUAGACAACUUUGUGGAGUCAAUUCAAUCAAUUCCAGAGACGCUGAAGUCUGGCAAAAGAGUUAAAUUGUCCUCUGCAGAGGUCAUGAAGAAGAUAGGGGAGCUUUUCACCUUAAGACACUGCAUAAACCUGAGGUCUGACCUGCUCAUCACACCUGAUUUCUACUGGGACCGAGAAAACCUGGAAAAGCUCUACGAUAAGACGUGCCAGUUCCUCAGCAUCAGCCGCAGAGUCAACGUUGUGAAUGAGAAGCUGGAACAUUGCUCACAGUUGACCGAUUUGAUGAGGAGCCACCUGAGUGAGAAGCACAGCUUGAGGUUGGAGUGGAUGAUAAUCAUCCUCAUUGCUAUCGAGGUUAUGUUUGAACUUGCAAAGAUGAUCUUCUAAGUAGCUCCUCUGUCGAUGCACGAAGGACUCUGUGGAGAAUGCUGCACUAUACAGAAGUAACCGAACCCCAACAUGUCAGUUCCCUGUGACAAGGUUUUCUGGAAGAAAAUGCACUCGAGAAGGGGACCGGAAUGUUUUUUAAUUUCUUACAUUGCAUCUUCCAUUUCAGCAUUUAUUCUAUUCUUUUUAACUAUGCCUUGACUAUUGGCUGAAGGUAAUGGCAGAAAACAAAGUGCAUCAGUGGGACUUUUUCAACUUUGGGAUCAACAGAGUUAUAUGUUUAACGUAAAUGAUUAAAACUGCACAUUAUACGCCAAAGCUUAUGAAUGACUUAGUGUGAAAGAUACAGGUUUUUAAGGGAUGGUAGAGACUCCCUUCAACCUGUGACUUUUCAUUUCUGGUACGCUAACAGUGGAAAAAAACAAGAUGCGCUAAUUUAUUCCAAUGUGUUAAGUUCCAGAACUCCAACUGUGAGUGCUGUAUUAUAAAAGAUGCAAUAAAGUGUUUUAAAUGUU